AUUGUUAUGACAUCAUCUGCUGAAGUGAAAUAAUGCGUGGUAAUAACAGCCGUUACGUGUUUCUUAUAAUUAUCUCAGAUAUUAAAAUGCUGUUACGCAAUAUAGCCUUAAAGAAAACAGUGACUUGCGUGCUUAUUUUUGGACACCAUAUUUUAAAAUGUCGUCAGCAUACACCAUAAGCAUUGGGAACUCCUUUUCCCUGUAGACAGCGUGUUAGUAUUAAUAGUAAAACAUAGCAAAAACCAUGACAGUUUGACACACGGCUAGCGGUAAGCGGUGAACUUGGUUGUGGUAUCAAGAGAUUGACCCAAAUAAAGGCAACAAAAAGCUUUCCAUUCAAGCUACUUAGAUUUUUUAAAAAGAUUUUGAUUUUACAGAAUUCUAUCUGUGCUUUUUGAAUCGCAUCAAAAAGAAAGAAGUUAUAAAGUGAAAAAUAAAAACAUUUGUGUGUGGCUUUAUUCAAUUCUUGUUCAUUCCAAAGUAAGAGAUGCAGCAGAGUUCCGCUAGUGUUAUAAUGUUGUUAAAUUUGUAUCUUAGUAUCGACAGUGUCAGCACGUCGCCUUGCAAGGGUCCUCAAGAUGAUAGAAUUAUAAUUAGAAUGAAUCUUAACUCACUUCAGAGAAGAAGAACUCACAGAAAAUCGCAUCUGUUCUUGACUAGAUUUAAGCGUUAACACUAUUGACAAAAAUAUAGUUUUUUUCACUUGUGUACUCAAAAGAAAAACAUUUUUUAAAUUGUUAUUUAUCUUGUUGUAAAAUAGUUUUAAAAUUAAUAGCCUCCAAACCCAAAAUAUAGCAUGCAAACGUGCAAGUCAUUGCUAUCAAAAAACUGUUUAGAUUUGAAGAAACGGAUAGAACUAUCUAGGCUUAGUACGUUUGUUGCAUACCCUGUGACGGCCAACAAGUCAGCCAUUGAGUUGGCUGCUAAUGGGUUUGUGUACAUUGGAAAUGGUACCAGUGAUACUGUUCAGUGUCAGUUCUGCCACAUGAAGAAAGAAAAUUUGCAGAUUGAUUUCGACGUAAGGUACAUUCAUUUUCUAGAAUCCCCAUUCUGCCCGUUGGUCACUGGUGUAUAUUGCGAUAAUGCCCCAUGGUCAUUACAGGCUCAAGGUGCUAUAUCGGCACCAAUUAGCACAACUAGUAAUGGAGCAGUUGGUUUUUCAAAAGAAAAUGAUUCUCAUAAUAGCCGUCUUGCAUCCUUAACAUCAGUAACACUAGAUCCCAGAAUUCUCAACCCUGAGAGCUCAAGAACUCUGACACCUUCUCCCCGAAGUCAUACGCUUUCAGGCUCGGCGACCACUGCGCUCGGCAAUGAUAGCUUUGAAGCACCACGUUUACUGAACGCUGCUUCUAGCAAUAGUUUUUUAGCAGCUUCAACGUCAACGACGUAUGCUGCCAACAGUAGCAGUCAUGCAGACCAAACAGCAAAUAAUGGAAUUCCUGUAACUUCAGUUUCUACAGCUCCAAGUGACAGCCAUUCUUCUAUAUCCGCUUCACUGAAUUCUACUGACACUUCUAUCAGUUCGGAACCAUCCAAUCCACAGACACCAACUUCAGGCCAUGGUCCAACAUAUUCAGAGCUGGGCAUCGUCACGGACAGACCUAAACGUCCUGAAUAUGCCUUAAAAUCAAAACGUCUGGAAACGUUUUCUUCCUGGCCAAGGGAUCAUCACCUCACCGCACACGAACUAUCUGAAGCGGGAUUCUAUUACGCAGGUUACGGAGACUGCACGAGAUGCUUUCAUUGCGGAGGCGGUCUACGUAACUGGGAAGAUGAAGAUGAUAUUUGGGUGGAGCACACCAGAUGGUUCCCGAAAUGCGCUUUCUUAAAACAAAAAGUGGGCAAUUCUUUUGUAGAUCUAGUUCAGGAUUUAAACAAAGAAUUUGAAAAGAUUACCGUGGCCGUGAUAACGGACAAACUUCCAUCUUUUGUUCCACCUGGAAGUAACAGAGACACGUUAAAAAGAGACCCUGCAGUGACAGCAGUCACAGCCUUGGGAUACCCACAGAAUGAUGUCCUAGAAGUGGCAUUAUCACUUAAAGAAGCGACCAUCCCUUUGUCUGCGGAUGUUAUUCUCGACAAACUGAGCUCAGAUAUAAAAGAGCCAAUUAAUUCAAUUGAUGAAUUCCUGCGGACAGACUCUACAGCGUCAACGCUUUUAGAAAAGCUUCUUCAUCUUAAGGAGAAAAACAAUGAAUUGCGCCAACAGAUCGUCUGCAAGAUUUGCUUGGAUCAGGAAGUAACAGUGAUCUUUCUCCCCUGUGGUCACCUGGUCUCUUGCACGGAGUGUGCAACAGCUAUGAAGGAUUGUCCAGUGUGCAGAAUGAAUAUAAAAGGAACAGUACGAGCUUUUAUCUCGUAAAGUUUUUUUAAUCACCGAAAACUGUGGGAUACAUAUUGUUAGUUAAUGUUAAAGAUUUAUAUUUAAAGACCGUGAUGUCAGUUUAAUGAAAUCAAAUUAAAUACAAAUAGGCGGUUAGAAACAAAGGAAUACAUUUGUUGCUGCAUUAUCGCCAGUUGUGAAUGGUUGCAUACAUUCAUUUCAAUAGUUCUUCGUCGACCUGAACAUUUUACUAGAAUUAAAAAUAUCAAGCCAUCUGCUAAAAAUUAAAAAUAAAUGUUCUGUUUCAGUUAAAGUCCAAUAAACAAGAACAGGUGGAUAAAAUGAUUUCAGUAGCUCACUGGUACAUUACUUCUAUAGGAUCUACUUUGAAAGGUCCCUGUAUUAUAAAUUAAAUGUUCUUCCGGAGAAAAAAAAAGCGUAAAAUUUACACAAUAACGUUUUAAAGGCAAAGCCACAAUGCAAAUAGUUUUCACAAUGCAGAGCAUAGAUUAAAACAAAUCAAGAUUUUAAAUAACCGUAUUUUCAGACUAUAAUAUGGGAUGGCCAUUGCGGCAUAAAAAUAUUUGUUGAAAUGGUUUCGGGAUGUUUUGACGCAGCCGUUUCGGCACGAGAGGAUGUGAUGAUAACUUAUAAGAAACAAAAUCUUUUAUAAUAAACAUUCCAUUUUACACUAUCUAUUUCAAUGGUAGGCAUUGAAAAGUGUUUAUGUAUUGAAUGUCUAGGAAUUGAGUCCCUAUUAUUAUAUAUCUAUAUCUUUAGUGUGACUUGUUGAAUGGAUGACAGAAAUGUGAAAACCUCUACUGUGGAUGGCUCAUAAAUGUUUUGAGUUGUAAAAUAACAAUGUUACGUUAUAAUAUAUUGCUUAAGUAUAUAUAUAUAUAUAUAUAUAUAUAUAUAUAUAUAUAUAUAUAUAUAUAUAUAUAUAUAUAUAUAUAUAUAUAUAUAUAUAAAUAUAUAUAUAUAUAUAUAUAUAUAUAUAUAUAUAGUUUUCUUUUGUAAAAUCAUCAGUCAGAUUUUUUUUCUAUUUUGUUGGGGUGAAUUUAUAUUCAUGAUAAGGUUAAUUGUCUAUUCAUUUUACUGUAUGGCAUCCAGAAUGCUCGAUCAGUGUUUGUCACAGAAGAUCACGGGAAAUACUGUAUUCCUCAUAAAUCUACAGACUCGAAAUAAAGCCCUAUUUUUAUCCUAAAUCUGUUAAACAUCUGAAACAUUUUAUCAGGGCCGGCAUUAGCUGCAGCCACAGUGGGCCCCGCGUUAAUUCUAGGUGUAAGCUAUUAAAUUAAACCAAAUUCAUGAAAAUUUCCUGAAAAAUAGACAAAGUAGUCGUUUUAUGGUGUUAAUCGAUAUGAAAAACGCCAAUUCUAUGCGCGAUUUAAAAAGGCAUUGUCAGCCUUCAUUUAAUAAAAAUAUAUUAACAAGGCAACUUUUAACCAAAACCGUAAUUUCCUUUACUUUAUUUACUUUCAUAAAAGCUGGCACAUAAACAUAGAUCUAAAUCUAUCUCGAUUUCUUAUAAAAAAAUCAAAAGCGAUUGUUUUUUUAUUUGAUCGUGACUUUCUAAAGAAUGAAUAAAAUACAAAGACGAAUUUAUUUUCUAAUCUUAAUUUUCAGUAAUGAUCCUUAUCCCUACCCAGACUGGGUCCCGCACAAUACCUUUCGCAUAGAGCCCCACAAUUGUUAGGACCUGCCCUUGUCUUUCUUUUUUUUUUUUUUGAAACGUAAAAUGUAUUCUUUUUUCAUGUUUGUCUAGACUUCAGCAACUUAAAUGUUUUGACCAACAAUGCCUUAAAUCUUUCAGUUGGCAACACUGUGUAGUUCAAAAUUGUCCGCUUAUAGUGUGUUUGUAAUUUAGAUCUACUCCGGAUUUACUACAUUGCUCAAACCCUAAAAUAAGACUUUUUUUUUUCUUACUAAAAUCUGAAUAUUACAUAGAUAUUUUUUUUAUAACGAUUGAAAAUUAAAUUUCAUUUACAGUACUUUCUUUCUUUACAAUAUGCUAUGCUUUUAGGUAUUAGUAUUUUUUAUAAGCGGAUUUUUAUUAUAAGUUUCCAAAAAAGUAGGCCUAUACGUGUCUUCACAAAAAUUCUGUCCCGGAUCCUCCACAUAUUAAAUCCAAAAUAAAAUAAAAAUAUUAUAUAUUUGUAGCUUUCUGUGUGUCAUUUAAUAUUUUAAUUACUUUAUAAAUAUCUUUUUAUUUCAUUUGUAAAAUAAAUAUAAUACAAUUUUAUUAUACAUUAAUGUGUGUAUAAUUAUGUAUCAUUUAAUCAUCGAUAUUAUAUUUGAAUUGUUUUCAAGAUAUCAAUUUA